GACGCGGUGUGGGUGCGAUUGUACUGUGUAUAAAACCUCUUGACAUAUAACUAAACGAAGUGCGUCAUUGCAGUACUAUUGCCCUCAGCGGAGCUUGUGAGGACCGUAUGGUCUUAAAAGCUCCGUCUGAGGGGUAAACUGCAAUUUCGAUGUAACAACGAACUAAUAACUUGCUUCGAUUGUAUCUAUAUAGUAACAAUUUUACACAGCUAUUUUAGUCUAGAUGAAGUUUAAAAUCGUCAGCCUGUAAUUAGGUUAAAGUGGUAAACUUAUCGUAAAUUAAAUAUUUUUACAUAAUGAAGAUUUUAAAUCUGCAGCUAUUAACAAUAUUAAUGAACCGCAGUGUUUGUCUAAAAGUGUACCUUUAAUUAUAACAAAACUAAUUCAAUAUUUGUAACAAGCAUAUCGAUUUUAAAAUCAUUCGUCGGCGCAACACUGGAUAAAAUAGAUUGCAACAAGGUCUGCACCCUCAUUCACCGCUCCGAAGGUUGUUAUUUGCCAUGGCCGCACUAAGAAGGUACACCACUGCUAAGUUUCUGACAAUGGGUCAGUUCAGAAAGCAAUAUUCAUCUGCUGCCAAGUUAGUUGAUGUAAAUGUAAGCGAUAAAACAGGUAUCGCUACAGUGUCGAUGAAUAAACCACCAGUAAACAGUUUAAAUCUGGAAUUCAUCACAGAACUGAAUUACAAUUUUCAAGAACUGGAGAAAAGCAAAUGCCGAGGUAUUAUAUUGACCUCAGCUUUGCCAAAAGUAUUUUCAGCUGGAUUAGAUAUCUUGGAAAUGUAUAAGCCAGACUUAAAACGUGCAGAAAGCUUUUGGCGUGCACUUCAGGACCUUUGGUUGACUUUGUACGGUUUAGCGCUACCUACUGCAGCUGCAGUCAAUGGUGCUAGUCCUGCGGGUGGCUGUCUCCUCGCAACGUCUUGUGAGUAUCGAGUUUUCGUUGAAGGAAAACAUACAAUAGGACUGAACGAAACACAAUUGGGUAUAAUUGCUCCUAAAUGGUUCCAGGAUACAUUUGUUAAUGUAAUCGGUCAACGUCAAGGAGAAAUAUCACUGUUGCGAGGUUCGCUUUACACACCAGAAGAGGCACUAAAAAUUGGCCUGGUCGAUGAAUUAGCUACAAAUAAAGAAGAAGCAAUCGCUAAGUGCGAAAAAUAUAUUGCAGCUUAUGCUAAAAUAUCACCUGGUGCAAGGUCCGCAACGAAGCAUCAGUUAAGAAAGUCAGCACUCUCAUGGCUUGAAAAAAAUAGAGAUUUUGAUGUGAAAAUAUUCAUUGGCUUCUUAGAGCAACCACAGGUACAAAAGGGUUUGGAUAUGUACAUUCAGAGCUUAAAAAAGAAGUGAAACCGCUGAAGCCAACAGUAACGAUACGUCACGCCAUAACAGCCCCCACCUGACAGAGCUGUGAUAUAUGGCGAAUACAAUAGAUUUUUCUACUUUACAAUGCAGAUAAGAAAUAAAAAUAUUUUGAUAUGAAUUUAUUUACCGUGAAUUUUUUUGAGUAUGUUAUAUUUGAAAUAGGUACUAAUAAACAGUAGGAAUGGAUAAAACGUU